AUGCGAGGCCCGAACCUGAUCGCCAAGUUCCCUCAUUUUACAUUAUCUAACGUCCCGAGGGGAGAAAACGAGCGUGCCGACACGCUAGCUAAGCUGGCAUCAAAGCCAGCCCCCGAAGUCAGGCCCGAGGUCGAGGAGCUACCUGCCCGUGCCAUCGAAAUCGCAGCGGCAACCUUGGGCGAUGCGCCUACCACCUGUGUACAAGAAUUGCUGCGCUUCAAACGGGACGGGACUCUUCCGCCCGACAAAGCGACGGCUCGGUGCCUGCGUCGCACGCAUGCGUGGUAUACCGAGGUGAGUGGACGGCUCUACAAGCGGUCCUUCACAUACCCCCUCCUACGGUGCUUCGAGCCCGACGAAGCUCAGAUAGUUCUGGCUGAGGUCCAUGAGAGAGUCUGCGGGGAGCAUAUCGGCGGGCAAACCCUGGCACACAAAAUACUUCGCCAAGGUUACUACUGGCCGACCAUGUGCCGGGACGUGAAGGCCCACGUGCAACAGUGUAGUUCGUGCCAAGAACACGCCCGCACACCCCGGCAGCCCAUGGUCCCGCUCACCCCCAUCGACUGCGCAUGGCCAUUCGCGCAAUGGGGUUUGGACCUGCUCGGCCCUUUCCCCCCAGCCUCGGGAUAG